AUGGCGGAUGUGCUGACGCUGGACAUCGGCGACCCGCAGAUCCUGGUCCACUACCCAGAUGACGAGAACGGCUUCCUCUGGCACCACAGAGUGCUGCUCUUCAGGGUGUCGGACGACAUCUGGAUCAGCUUGACCCCUGACCUCGCGCUGGUGCGCCUGAAGCUGCUGGACAUCCGGCACGAGGUGCUGGAGAGGCGAGCCCCGUUCCCGGCCCACCUGGGCCACCAGGUCUAUGCCCACGACCCCAUCGCCGCCGCCGCCCUGGCGGGCUUCCGCCGCCGUGCGAAGAUCCAGGGGCAGCUGCUGGGCGUGGGCCAGGUCGACGUGGUCGAGAGGAUGAUCUGGGUGGUGGCCGAGCCCCGGUCGGCGAGGUUCGGCGAGGUGAUCGACUCGGCCAUCAUGGACGACGACGCCCGCGGCACGGGCUUCGACACGAAGGGGGUGGCGGUCGUGGACGGGGAGGAGAUCUUCGUGCAGAAGAUCGCGGCCAGCAAGCUCGACGACUUCAAGAAGGAGACCAAGGCGGACCUCGGGGACGUGCGCACUCUCGGGGACCACCUCGACGAUGCUGGGCAGCGCUGUCUGAGGCUCUCGGAGGCGGUCGCGCUGAUGAGAGACACGGAUCAGCCGAACUUCCCGCUCGCCGGCGUGAGGAGCGUGAAGGAGUUCCUCGAGUCGGUGGCCUCGGGGCCCGGCAACAUGACGUCGUACCAGGCGGAGUGGGAGCGGCUCAGCGGGGUCGGUGAGGGUUCGGCAGUCAACCAUGUGCACCGCAACCUGUGCGAGGUGAUUCGGCUCAUGCACUCCUGGGAUCAGGUCGACGCCUCCAUGCUGGCCUCUGCGGAGCUGAUCGUGCGCUGGCUGGUUCAGACGGAGAUAGCGGUAGAGCGCAACCCGCGCCACCCGGACUACAGCGGGCUGGACAUAGUGAUCUCGGCCCCGGUGAAUGCAGCGGGCCGCGCGACGACGAACAAGUUCAACUCCUGGGUCACGGACAAGCUCAAGGAGAGGGCGCAGAUCUGGAAGCAGGAGCGCCUGUACCGGGAGGAGCAGAAGACGAACCUGAAGGAGGGCAAGGGCGGCGACGGCUACGACCCGUCCAAGAAGAAGCUGAAGAAGAGAGGGGGCAAGGCCGGCGCCGAGGGCGCCGCCCGGGCGCCGAGAGAGCCCCCCCACGGCCGACACAGACGUGGGCUAGCCCCCUCUAUUCCUGGAGGGAUCCGGUCACGAGAUCGACGGCAUGGAGACCCUUUUCCUCUGCCUUGCGAUCCGAGUGGCCUCGGCUCUGCAUGCAGCUCUGCGCGGCAACGGCAAGUUUUUGACGCGGUUCGGGCCCUGAACCAGCUUGCCGCCGCCAACGUGAAUUCACGUCGCGCCCAGGGGCACGACCGCGCACCAGAAGGGCACCUCCGGCCGACCGCCGUGCAGCAGUGGAUGAUCCAGAAUAUCCUCGACUCAAGAGACCACUACGGGAUGGAGCCCAAGAACUUGGCCAGCUUCGACUUCGACAAGGUCAAGAUCCUGCACAGGAAGGUCCACGUUCGGCCGAUGCGCCGGGAGUUGCCCGCGUCGGCCGCUGGCUACCUUCGGCACGCUUCCGACUUGAUCGAGAUGGACGAAGCGGAGCUUGAGAGAGAUCGAGCCGAGGGAGUGGGCGUCACGCCGUACUGGGACCCCCUCCUCCGGCGCUCGCGAGACCUUCGGAAGCGACUGUACCAGCGCCUGGACCAGCAGGGCCUGCUGACUUGGCGUCGGCGGCUGAAGGGGCAUGCGGGCAUCUUCGUGGUCAAGAAAAAGGACGGGCUCCAGAGGUUGAUCAUCGACGCCCGAGCGGCCAAUCGGGCGCAUCGGCCACCUCCCACUACUCGGCUAGGCUCCUCGCGAUGCAUGGCCGACCUCGACCUCUCCGAUCCCCGUCUGAAGGCAUCGGGCUUCGGGGGCCUCGGCUCCGGGGCCUUCAGCCCAGCUGGCCGCGAGGGGGACGUCGGAGACUGUUUCUACAACUUCACCAUCCCCGAGCUGGCGAGCUGGUUCGGCUUCGCGGACCGGUUCGACACCCGCGAGCUAACGGAGAUGGGCUGCCUGCCGGGCUCGAUCUGGGACGACGCCGAGGGGGCCGAGACCGAGGUCGUGGACGGCGAGCAGCUCUACCCCUGCAUGUGCGCGGUGUGCAUGGGCUGGUCCUGGGCGCUCUACUUCGCCAACGAGGCCGUGACCUACCGAGUCCAGCGAGCGCUGCCCGACGGGGCCGAGAAGGUGAUGAGGGAGAUGCAGCCUGCCCCGACCAUCGAGCCCGGCAAGUGCGUCGCCGGUGUGUACGUGGACAACGUGCAGGUGAUCGGGGGCUGCGAGGCUGACGCCAACACUCAGAUGCAUAAAAUCGAGAAUCUCUUUCGAGAGGACCGCGUACCUUUCGACGUGGAGCCGGGGAACAGCUUGGAGAUGCAGUCCCUCGGCCUGGUGUACCACUGGCGGGAGCGACGCCUGAGGCACGUGGCUCGGCGCGUCUGGCGGACCUAUAUGGCCGGACACGCCCUUUUGAGGCGCCGCAAGCUCCACGGGCACACGCUCCAGUGCUGGCUGGGGCACGUCGUGAACCUGAACCAGCUCUGCCCCGAGGCGAUGUCCGCGCUGAACGCCUGCUACCGCUUCAUCGAGGAGUCGCUGGAGUCGCCCAAGCGGGUCUGGCCCUCCGUAAAGUCCGAGAUCCGCUGCUCGAUGAACUUGCUCUUCCUGAUGGAGGCGGACUUGGGCGCGACCUACUCGGACCAGGUGUACUGCGGGGACUCGUCCGGCCGCGGCUACGCACUCCACGUGACGACCGCCGAGCCGACCGAGCUCCGAGAAGCCUGGAAGUGGAGAGAACGCUGGCGGUACCGCGACGUCCCGACGGUGACAGGCCACGUCAGCAGCGGGCUCGACUACGUGCGCGGCGGCACGCCCGGCACCGCCUCUGGCCCGAGGACCGCCUUCGGCCAGUCCCUGCUGAGUCAGGCGGAGGCGCCGGAGGGGGCGAGCGGCCUGGCUCCCUCUCCGGCCCGAAGCCGCGCUGUGAAGCCGGCUCGAGGCCGCACCCAGCUGCAUCUUGACUCGGGCAUCCCCGCCUUGGGGGACAGCUGGGUGGCCAGGCGCCGCUACAAGCUGGUCGCCGCGGACCGCUGGCGCUGGCAGGACGAGCACAUCAACCUCAAGGAGGCGAGGGUCGCCUUGAUGGGGCUCCGACGACACUGCCGAUCGGUGAAGUUCAUGGGCACAAAGCUGCUCUCGAUCAGCGACAGCCAGGUCACCGUCGGGGCCUUCGAGAAGGGCCGCUCCAGCGCGGGCCUGCAGGCCCUUUGCAGGCGCGCAGCCGCCUACCGCCUAGGGGGGCAGAUCUCCUGGCGGCUCAGGUACAUCGAGACUGACCGUAACCCGAGUGACGAGGACUCCCGGCGCUGGGACCUGAAGAAGCCGGCUGGGCUGAACCGGGGACCCGAGCGUCGGGACGCCGCCCCGAGCCUGUCCGCUCUAGCUGCGAGUUACACGACCUCCUCCUCUUCUCGGUCACCUCCGUCGGCAUCCUCAGCAUCUGUUGUACGCCCGUCAAUUCAGAGCGAGCCUGGUAAAUCAGUUUUUUGUAUGGAGCUCUUCGGCGGAAAGGGGGAGCUGACUCGAGCCUGCCUAGCGGAGGGGCUUCCCUUCGCGGAUUCAGUUGAUAUCAGAGACGGCUGGGAAUUUGAUCUCUCGCGUCGCAGUACACAAGAGUAUAUCCUGAGGCUGGCCCGAGAAGGGCGUUUGAUAUAUGUACACCUGGGAACGCCUUGUCAGGUUUGGAGUAUCGCUCGGAGGGGGAUCCGAAACCAUGUUCGAGCCAGGGCCCGGGAACGUCUAGGCAUCGAGUUCGCACUGUUUACGGCUACGUUAUGUCACAUCUUAUCACGUCGUGGGUGUUAUUGGAGUGUGGAAAACCCCCGGACUUCGAGACUCUGGAGCUUCGACCCGAUCGCUCGCCUUCAUGGACUCGCGGACGUCGUCGAGGUAAACUUCGAUAUGAGCAUGUAUGGCACGGCCUAUCGGAAACCUACCCGAAUCCUGACAAACCUGAGAGCGUUACAGUCCCUGGGAGAUCGACCUCGCAUCCGACAUAAACACUCGGUCUUGCUGCACGGCCAUCUCACACCACUUGCCGCCGCCUACCCGCCGGCUUUGGGCUCGUGUUGGGCCAGGCUCCUUUCUUCGGCCUUGCCGGGCGACAUACGCCCGGGCCAGCGAGCCUUCGACCCCAGCGAGGUCCGCCAUGGCCUCCGUCGGGCCGCGGGCCGUCGCCCCGCGGCUCGAGGAGCAUCGGUUCACGGUGAGGUCGACGAACCCCGUGAGCCAGCCUGCCAGGCCGCCGACUCGUUCCUUGAGCACGACCCGAUCAUCCAGUUCGGCCAGGACGAGCGGCCCCGGCGCUGGAGGGCCCACCCGGACUGGGCGGCAGCCGCCACCGGGGAAGGGCCGACCGCGGCAGCCCACAGGCCCCCGGCGGGCAGGCCCCAUCACCGUCCCGCGGAGGGACUCGCUGAUCAUGGCGACGGUGACCGGUGGCACGCUGGAGAGGUACGCGACGGCAGUCCACGAGUUCGAGACCUACGCGAAGGAGAGGCGCCUGCCGCUGCAGCCGCUAGCACGCCUGGACGACAGCCUCUCCCUCUACUUCGUGGACCUGUUCGACGACGGCUUCGGGGUCUGGGAGGGGCGCAACGCCUUCUACGGGUACAAGCUGCUGAGGCUCCGGACGACGGGCAAGGUCGACCUCCCGAAGGCGCUGGCCUCCCUGAAGGGUUGGACGAAGCGGGCGCCCGGGAGGAUGCGUCUGCCGCUGCCCGACAUCAUCGUGGACGACAUCGCGCUGGACCUGGUGGAGCACGGGAACCCCCUGAUGGGGGCCGCGGUGGUGAUCCAGACAGACACCUACACGCGGCCCUCCGAGGUGGUGGGCCUGAGGCAGGGCCAGAUCUUGCCGCCGGCGCCGGUCGCGAAGCUCGGCGCGCACUAUGGCAUCGUCAUCGCGCCCUCGGAGUGGCACGAGACCACGAAGACGGGCGGUCAGGACGACAGCCUGCUCGUGGGCGACGUGGCGAGGCCCUGGCUCACGAGCGUGCUGCGGCUGCUCCACAAGCCCAACGUGUCGGACAAGAAGAAGAUCUUCGACUUCACCCUCGGCGACUACGAGCGCGAGGUGAAGAAGUCGGCCUGCCGCCUGGGCUACACCUCCCUGGGCGUGUGCCCGCACGUCUUCCGGCACUCAGGCGCCAGCAACGACAAAGCGCACUCCCGGAGGACGUUGAAAGAGGUUCAGAAGCGCGGGCGAUGGGCAUCGUCCGCGUCGGUGGCUCGCUACGAGAAGGGGGCCCUGAUCUUGCAGCAGUUGCGCGAGGUUCCCUUGGCCAAGCAGAGGAAGGCGGCGGAGCACAGCAGGCGCCUGCCGCAGGUCCUCCUUCAGAAGAUUCGUGA